ACAGUCCCCAAUAAGAAAAAUAAGCUGUAGACAAUCUUUCUUUUUCCCACCCGAAAAUAAGAACAUCUUCGAAUGGGACAUCUAUUAGCCUCGCCGCCGGUGGCAUUUCGGCCGACCGCCGGUAACUCUGUGCGGUUAACUUCAAGAUUUCAGGCAUUAUCGGUGGAGGAAAUUCCCCCAAAUGCGAUACGGCGAAAGCGAGAUUCAACAUGGAGAGGAGGUUUCAGUCUUGGAGUGGAUUUGGGGCUUGCCCGUACUGGCCUUGCCAUUAGUAAAGGCUUCAACUUUCGACCUUUAACGGUUCUUGAAUUGAGAGGACAAAAGCUUGAACUUCGAAUUCUUGAUAUUGCCCUAAAACAGGAAGUGGAUGAGUUUAUAAUUGGGCUUCCUUUGUCAAGUGAUGGAAGGGAAACUCCACAAUCUAACAAAGUUCGAAGUGUUGCUGGUAGGCUUGCUGUUCGAGCUGCUGAGAGGGGUUGGAGAGUAUAUCUGCAGGAAGAGUAUGGGACAACAAUAGAGGCCAUGAGCUACAUGGUUGAUAGGGGCCUCGGAAAAUCUGCUCGUGAAGGGAAACAGGAUGCCUAUGCUGCUGCUAUGGUGCUUGAGAGAUACUUUUCAGAGUCAGGUCGGAGAAUCGAGCUAGUGUUACCCAAGCAGUUGGAUCUCCAAGAGAAGCUAAAGAAGAGGUGUACUGAUUAUUUUACAGAUGAAUCUGAUUAGGUGUUAAUGUCCAAAACCCCAACCACAACUUCCGUAGGAAAGGUUGAAUGGAUCUAUACAUAACUCUAGCCACUAGAAUAGUACUUGUACCUUUAGAAGACAUGGAUGAUUUACCCUUUUUUGUUUGAUAAAUAUCUUCCUCCUGUAAAUCAUAUUCGAGAGAAAGGAAGCCAUGUAUCUUGCUUUCCUUGUUGAGGAAUUUCCACUA